CGUUUAGGUACAAAGUUUUCGUAACCGCGCAGUUGUUUGGCGAUGAACGAUGUUUGAAGUCUUCUAGUAUUGCAAUUGAAAUUACUUUCAAAAAUUGCGUGCUUGGUUAGUCAGUGAUGAUAAGCUUGGAACCAGUGGAGCUCUACGGGACUUUCUGGAGGGACAUUUCUCUUCGAUGCAGUUCUCUUCAAUGGUAGUUAGUCAGGUCCAAGAUCCACAUUAAUCACAACCACGGUGUGGGGAAGGAGUACUUAAGGGGUACAUUGUUUAAUUUUGUCUAAUCGCCGUGAGAAACCUCUGCUACCAGGCGGCGGAAUUUCUAAAUGUUUCUUUGUAGACUGUCAGGCCAUAGGUUGGUAAAUACAGUGGUGAGGUAAAAAGAAAGCGGGAAAAGAAAAGGAAUCCAAAAAGCUCUCCAGAGCGUUAAUAGAAAUGGAGGUAAGUAAUAUUAAUAGUUCGUUGUUUCCAGUUGUUAUCUGGGUUAGCCAAAGGCAAACCUCAGUAAACAGCGGUAAAAAAUCAUAAAAACAUUUAAUGCCAAUUGACAUAGUUUUUUCUUCUUCUUCUUCUUCUUAUUAUUAUUAUUAUUAUUAUCAUUUUUAGGAAUGGAGGGCACGUUAUAAAACAACGGAGGACGAAGAAAAGGCCCUAGCUAUAGCUUUGGAGCAAUCGCUCAAAGAAUAUGAAGACAGCUGCAGCCGAUUAGUAAGUGCAUCGACGAUUUGUUUAUUGUUAUUCUGGUUAGGUCUUUUUGGUUUGAUUGAAUUGUUUGAUCGAAAGCUUGUUUAGCAAUACCUGAUAGGUAAUGAAGGACUAAAGUCUACACGUUAGGAGGCAAGAGCACUGGACUGGAAUCCGGAGAAAACUUGUUCAAGUUCUGUUGCCGUCCAAACUUACUUGAUGUGUUUCUCCAUCUCACUUAUAAGACAACUACUGUUCUUCCUCCUGUAAUUCGUAGCAGUUUCUUUUUUCACAUGAUUAACCCACAUAUUGUCUUUCCACCAGGAACACCGAGUACAGCAAGACAGAUCGAGACGAGAAGCUGAACUAUCGUCAGAAAAAUUCCCCACACGAGUUAAAGAAAAUCAUCUGCGAACAAGUCCAGGUAGUGAGGAUGUGCAUUUGGCGCGUCAUGUCUGCAAAGAUAGUAAAGCAAAAAUGCGGUCAGUUGGUUUAGUAAUUUUACACGCAAGAAGUAAAAGAAAAAAUCUAUAAAUUCGUAUGUUUAUUAAAACUUCAUAAACCCGCAGAAAGGUUAGCAAGGUUGGGCAGGAGUACUAGACUACAAAGCGCGAUAUAGGCUGGUUUCGCUCCAACGGCGGCCAGUAUCGACCCUUAAAUGUGGAGAAAUAAACUGAAGGUACUAUGUACCUUCGCCUUGACUAGACUAGACAAUAAGCGUGGCUUGGAUGAUCACUUAUCAACGGCGGUCAUAAACAGUGUCCUCAAUUAAAAUUUCACGUUCAAUGCAUUUGAUUCUUGAAUAAAGCAGUUGUUUACAUCACUACUAUAAGUACCCUCUAUUAACCGUUUGUUCAUUUUCUGCUUGUUUCCUGGUUUGCAGUCUGAGUUCUGGGAUGAAAUUCGCUUGAUAUGGUAAUAGCAACUUCUUCGUGUUGAUAUUAGGCAUUAUAAAAAGUUUUGUCCCCCGAAUUAAAUCAUCAGCGUGCAAGAUCUCGUUAGGUCUGUUCUCCGCCAACUGCUUAUACUUUUGGAUCAAUGUUUUCCAGUCACCGUAACAUUGAUAUUUAAGCAUCGGUGCUGGCUUAUGAAAUAGUAUUUUUAAGUUAAAAAAAUAUCAAGACGGUUACCACUUUUCAUUAGUAGCAACAGGGACUGCGAGUGCAAGCACUGGUGAUGAGCGGAAAGCAAUUCCUCUUUGUCUCCCAAAUAACUGCAAGUGGAAUUCACACGCUCGUGAGUGUACGAAAACAGAAGAACAACGCUCGUCUCUGUAUGUGGUUGAUGAAGCCAUUGAGAAGCUCAGGGAAGUCAAAGGUAAGUGACCGUUUCUUACCAUGGAUUGCGGGCAACCUGAAAAAUAAUGUGGAGUAUAAGACAACACUCUUCUACCGGUACUUUCUUCCUGGUUGUAACAGCAGAAUGAUCAUCAUCACCGGUUAAAUUUUUGUGACUCUCAGACUGAAUGUAAGAUAAUGAUAUUGUCAGAUCGUUUAUCAAGGAAUAGCCUUCGCUCGGUGGGCGCUACUCAACGACACGGGGAGACCCAGCCCUGUGGUCCUACCCUAUUUCUUCUUUAGUCAUUUUACUGUAACAUUAAAAUAAUUUAGUCUUUUCCUGAAACAUUUUAAAGGCCCUUCUAAAGACUUAAAAUAUAAAUUUCCCGACCCUUUCAUAUACUUUAACUCGUGAUUUCACCACCCUUUGAUACCCCUUUAGGGCCAAGCCUCCAUUAUAGGGAGCCCCCGCCCCACCCCCCUCUUCUCCGGGGGUGGUCUUCAAUGUUACUCGUUGGAAAGAAAGUUUCUCGCUUUUUUAGGUCCAGUGUGCGUGGUGUCAAUAGCCGGUCCUUACAGAAAGGGAAAGUCGUACAUUUUAAGCGAAGCUUUUGAUCAACCGGAGGUUUUCCCUCUUGGACAUGAAAUGGUUGCAGAGACCAUGGGGAUCUGGCUGUGGAUUGUACCGGAGAAAUAUAAGGUAAGCAACAAUCUUGCUUUUUACGUUAAGAUACAAAGCCACAUGAAAUUACCCUAAUCCCAGCGUUUAGGACUGAGAUCAAUAUGAGCAUUGCAUUAGUAACGCAGCCGUGUAUGGGUUCGAAUCUCGCUGUAUGGUUGAUAUUUUCCUCACUUCACGAAAAAUUAGAUUUACACAAAUUUGCUCGGGGCAAAUAUGGUGCAAAGAAGUGCAAACGAGGAGGAAAUCAAAGGCAAAGAUAGUAAAUACCGCACUUGCACAGCGGUUUACAUGGGGUUGUAAAAUUCGUGAGCAAAUGCGAUAUUUACCAUCUUUCCCGUUGUUUAACCUUAGUUUACACUUUUUUGCACCAUAUUUGCACUAAGUAAAUUUGGUGUAAAUCAAAUUUUUCAUCUACUUUUUUUUUACAUUUAGUUUUAUAGACAACCACUUUUAAGGAGCCUUAUGGGUCGGAUUAUCCAUCGCUGUCAUCUCUAGAAAAGACCAUAAAAUGAGCAAUUGCCGGCAAAUUCAGAAAACCGUUAAAUGUAUGGGAUGUAAUUUUACUGUGUUGAAAGGAAAACCUUCUUUUCGUCGCUGUGAAAAAUUUCAGCAGUAAACAGCAACUAUAAUUAGUUUGUGGUAUUAAAAGUGUGUCCACGUAUCCUAAACGUUGUUGUAACUACACAAUCAACAUUCCCCCUUAAUUAUUUCAGGAGUUCAUGGUUUUGACUGUUUUCUGAGUUAGCUGGCAGUACAACGUAUUAACUUAUUGUCGAGGAAAAAAUCUUUCGUACUUAACUGCAGCUUAACUUCUAGGAUUCUAGAGGCCAAGAAUUCACAGUGGUGCUACUGGAUUCAGAAGGGAUCGACGCUGCUUCCAGUGUUGGUUACGAUGAUAAUCAAAUAUUUACUUUGACGGUUCUGCUAGCUUCCGUGCUUAUUUACAACUCACAAGGUGUCCCCAUGAGGCGUGAUCUCGAAGGACUAAAGUAUCCUUUACUUACCCUACUUUAUCCUUAUUCUCUCCUAUUGCGCUUCGAGCAAUUUCUUGCUUUCCUAAUUGUUUGUUUGUUUGCUUCUGCUUUUUUUAGGGGGAGACAAAAGUACUGAAAAAGGUGGAGCUCUCAUACAUCCUAGGCAUCCUACUGAUGAACAGUUGCGACGCGUAGAUAUAUAUUUUUUAGCAACUAAGAUGAUUUGCAGUCUGUCUACUUUGAAUUGAAAGGACAUUUAAUUGUGGCUUUAUUUUAUUUCAUGAUACCUCUCUUAUUCGGAAAGAUGAAUGUAUAUUUCGUUAGGUGGUUAAGAGAGUGGCAGAUUGAGUGACCUUCAAAACGUAUCAUUUUUAUUUGAAACGGUAGUGGGAAAAUACCUAUUUACCUUAAGAAAUUAACUCUAAUGCAUAAUUUUCCUUAAUACAUACUAGUUUUAUAGCAAAGCUGUCUCAAAGAAUCCAAGUUAGAUCAAACCAAGGGGUUGGUGUCAAACAAAAGGAAACAGAGUUAUUUCACCGAACGUUCCCUUACUUCCUGUGGCUCCUGAGGGAUGUAACGCAAGCUAUUCCACGUGAUUGCAAGGAUUUGAAAGACUACUUCUUAAAAAAGGUUAGACAAAAAUGUAAGACCUUUGCAUCAAGAAAAGCAGUUGUUGUAAAGUGGUUGGAAAUGUGUGUUAAUUACCGAUCUGAUGUAUUGUUUUCCAGGGCUCAGUUCCGUAAAACAUCGUUAAGUUUAACUCAGGGUACGCCAAAUUUUAACUGGGCAAGGCUUUAAGGUUGAGGGAAAUGUAACUGGAGCUUAUAAGAUAACGUUUAGCCUUUAUUCCGAGAUUCAGUCAGUUAAAUUUUGAUAACAUACAGUUAUAAUUUGAACCGGGAACCUACAGUAAAAAAGAUGGUUUAUAGCGUUGAUCGAGCUUUCAGCCGUAAACGGACUCAUAGUGAGAUUCGUGCUUUUUUCCAGGCUUUGUCAUAAAUUUAGCCCUCUGUUCCCGGUUUCCCUGCCGUCGGGUGCGGCUGUCUUAUUCAGGUUAGUUCAGUCUUUUUCCCUUUUCGUAGGUUUUUAGAGACCAAGAUUCUGCAUCAUUGUCAUCAUCUCGCCAUCAGAGUCAGCAAGUAGCGGAGAGCAUUCUGCGUUACUUUUCUGGUUUUGAAGCCUUCCACUUGCCUCCACCUACGGCUGAAGAGGACAUAAUGAGAACUCUUAACGAAAAUAGGAGUCAAGUACGACCUAAAUUCUUAACGAAACUGGAGGAAUUUAAGACCCUGCUUAAGUCUACUCUGCUUCCAAAACACAGCUGCUUUGAUGGACAGCUGGUGACUGGCGAAGGUAACAAGUCUUUAUACCCUUUCAGUAUAGAUUGAAAGAUCAACAAAUAGAGUUCUAAAAGCAUAGUGGUUAUAUCAGUGGGAAUGGAUACAACCCAAAAAGUGCUUCUGUUCUUUAAUAAAAACAAUGCGUUAUUCUGACGUUUCAAACCCUGAUGGGCUACUUUUUCAUCUGAUUUUUUUCCUACAUAAAGGUGAGUUUAUUGUCAAAUAAUUAGACAAUCAAAUACAAAUUAUAAAGAAUGUCCAUCCGCCACUUUAAAAAUACCAUAAUAAUCUUUUUGUCCCCCCUCCCCCUCCCCCUCGCUUCCGAAGUUUUGAAUAACCAUUGUUUUCAGUUUCUCUUGGGACGAUUCGAAGUCCUAGGAGAAACUGAAAACAAUGGUUAUGGAAAGCUUUGGGUUGUUGGACAAAAAUAUUGUUAUGGUAUAUUUUUCUAAAGUGGCCAAUAAAAAUAAUUUCAAUACAUAAUACAUAGCGAGUACAAAGAAAACUUGUAUGGUUGACAUGUUUCGAGUAAGUCAAUAUCCAUCGUUAGAAUAUGAUUGCUCUAAACUGCAGUUGCUUGAGUUGAUUUUUGAUCAGGGUAUUUUAGACUAUGCAUGUAUACUACACUGUACCGGAUAUUGGUCUUGAUGGGUAAUUUCGGAGAGGUUAUUUUGUAUCGGAGCAAAAGCUGUAACCACGUUGAUCUUAAAGAAGUCCUUAGAACUAGAUCAACACAUAUCGGAUAGGUUUCUGUACCAGUCCAUUUGUGGCAAUGUGAAAAGGUGAGCAUGCGCAUACCAGCGGCCGAAGUAUUUUCCAUAUCAACAUGAUAACAUACACAAUAAGCUAUCCGCUGUAGUGUAGAAUACCCUUUAUUGUGCGAGAUGUUCAAAUUGUGAUUUGUGCGUGCACUGCUGCAUUUUCCUCAUCACGAAAGAUUUGAAAUUGUGGUCAGUUGUUUUCCUGUAAUCGUUUUAUCUAAGUAGAAAAUAACAGAACAUAGAAAAAGAUUAACUGAAGAGAGAAAUUUCACUAAAUAAUAACAGGACUUGCUGCUUUGACCACUCUGUACGUGGAAGCCAUUAACACUCCUGGUUCUGUUCCAAACGUGCAGUCCGCAUGGGAGACGUUCGUGGAAACAAAAUGUAUCGACGCCAGAAAUGUAGCUCUGGGUAUUUACAACACUCGUAUGCGGGAGGUUUUGUCCAGUAAGCUCCCGUGCGACAACGAUGAAAUUCGCAAGGUACAUAGCGAUUCGCUAGAAGAGUGUCAACGACAGUUUAUGGCCGAAACCAAUGGCAUAUCCACAAUAACAACUGAAAAGUAUUUACGGUUGCUAAAGGUAAGAUUUUAAUGUACUUUUUGGUAUCUUUAAGGAAUGCGACUGGAUGGAAGAAAUGAAAUUAUAAUGAUGAUUAUAAUGAUAUUGACAAUAAUAACGCUGACGUUAAAAAUGUUUGUAAUGAUAAUGAUGUUGAUGAUGAUCAGAGUGAUAAUGAUGAUGAUGACGAUGACGACGUGAUGAUGAUAAGUGAAUAGAGUUGCUUAAUAGUAAGUCUGCUAAGAUGCUUGUUCCAGUUACUAGAUAAGAGCAAUAACAUCAGGCCUACACAAUGUACUUAUCUGGUUGAAUUUCAUCUAGAAUGUUGCAAUUUACCCUCAUAUUUUCUUGCCUUCCAGAAGGUAGUUGUUUUUUGUUAAUGUUCUGCUUAUAAUUUCGUAUGAUUUCUCCGUCCUUUUUAAUGCAUUCCUUUAUUCAGCAAUCGUUGAUCCAGAAAUUGACUGAAUGGCAGACUGAGAAUACCCGGUUGACCAAAGAACUCUGUAAUAAUUUGUUGUCUAAAUUGAAACGACAACACCUAGGUCCAAUCCUUCAUCAACUACAAGGGCAUGGUGGAUCGAAUUUGUCUUUCGACGACAUAAUUGGAGUAUACCAUCGCAUCAAAGACGACUAUGAAGGACAAGCGGUUGGAGCAAAAGAUGUGAUCGCAGCAGCUUUUUUUGAUUUCCAACCCGUAAGUAUUUCCUCUCUGUUUAGCGUACUUCAUGCUGCAUUUGAACUUGUUGUGGCUUGUUCUGGUGUAAGGUUAUACUUUAUGGCUUUUCCUUGUCCUUUCUAUUUUUUCUCAUAUUGUUUUUGUUAUUGUUGUAUUAGUUACUUUUUGUUCCGUUUUUCCAGUUCUUUAUGUCCUCGCUCAUGUGCGUUUGUCAGUUCUUUCGCGUGAUUUCCAUGAAAUUUUUUAAAAUCAAUUUUCAGUAGGCAGCAGUGUUCAAAACUUCUGACACAGUGCUAACUGUAUUUUUUGUUCCUCCAUUGCGGUCGCGAGACUGGGUAGAAAAGUUGCGACCUUAAAGGGGUUUAAGUCAUUUUCCUGGAAACCUAACGAAGGAUUUUUCUGUCAAAAGAAUGCGUUUGAAUUCGCUGCCAUUCUUGCUUACUCAUGAUUAUAUGACCUAAGAUAUUUGGAAUCAGACCAGCUUAGAAGCCAGGCUCCCAAACAAGUCCGAAUUGAAAUCAUUAAAACACAAUUGAUAAAAAAAGUGUG